AUGCUUGUAGGCACAUUUAUUGCCUUUGAUAAGCAUAUGAACUUAGUGCUUGCUGACACCGAAGAGUAUAGAAAAAUCAAGCCUAAGAGACCCGAAGAUAAGGAAAGAGAGCAAAAGAGGGCUUUAGGUUUAGUAUUGUUGAGAGGUGAAAAUAUUGUCACAAUGAGUGCAGAAGCACCUCCAUCGCAACCAGCCAGAAGAAUAGGAGAAGGAGCAGCUAUGGGAGGACCAGGCAAAGCUUAACCAAUGGGAAGAGCAGUUCAAAUAACUCCAUUAGGAUAAUAACCACCUCCAGGCUUGGCAGGACCAGGCAGAGGAGUUGGAGCUCCAGGCAUGAUGCCACCAAUGGGUCAACAAUAGAUGAGGCCACCUAUGCCAGGUCAAGGUCCUCCAAUGAGAAUGCCACCUCCAGGCAUGAUGCCACCACCAGGAAUGGGUCCCCCUCCAGGUAUGAGAAUGCCUCCUCCAGGUAUGAUGCCUCCACCAGGAAUGGGACAUCCUCCAGGUAUGAGACCACCUCCUCCCUAACAAAGACCCCCGUAAUGA